GGUUGAGCCCCUGAUCUUCUGGUGACCCAGCAGCCGAUAGUCAGGGUAGGUGGAGUCUCCUCAUUCCUGUCCACCAAACCCAUUGCUGUCAUUGGGAGUGUCCCUCUCUGUCUAUCCACUCCACUACCCACCCACCCGUUCCACCGAGGUCUAGCCGACACACGACAUCCUCGGGGUUGAAGCUCCGAGAAGCCGAAUCCAGCGGGCGCUUCGGGUCUGUGAUCUAGUUCCCCCCUCCCCUCUUCCCCGCCCCAAGAAGCUUUCCCCCCUGCGUGUGGAUUUUGUUUUUCCAUCAUGGACCCUCAGAAGCAGCGCGCGGCCAUGGCUGACAAGCUGGAGUUGACCGGCGUGGAGGACGAGGCGGGGAACCCCAUCAGCGCCCUGACCAUCCUGUCCCUCCUGGAGCGGGUGGCGGGCAUCAUCGACAACGUGCAGGCCGGGCAACAGCGCAUGGAGGAGCGGCAGCUGGAGCUGGAGGGCAACAUCAAGACCAUCCAGGGCGACGUCCUCAAGCUGGUCAAGGACCACUCCACCACUAGCGGGGUGGUGGAGAAGCUCCUGCAGAAGACCCGCAAGGUCAGCGCCAACGUCAAGGACGUGCGCGGGCGCGUGGAAAAGCAGCACGUCCGGGUUAAGAAGGUGGAGACCACCCAGGACGAGCUGCUCACCAGGAACAGGUUCCGGGUCGUCAUCUACCAGGGAGAGACCGAGGUUCCCUCAUUGGCAGUCACAAAGGUCCCCAAAGGAAGCGGCCUGGCCGGGGUGGAGGUGGAACCGGACACCUACGAAGCCCCGCUAGACCUCUCUUCAGAUGAGGAGUACAUGGUGGUGGAGGAGGCUGACUCCAAGGCAGCCCGCCUGAAGAAAUCUGGUCUCAAGGGCAUCGAGAACAUCAAGGCGGCCUUCACCCGUGAGAGCAUGACCAAGACCAAAGACAACAUCGGCACCAAGUUCAACCACCUGGGCGAGCGCAUCGUUCCGCCGGAGCGCCGCGAGAAGAUCCACCAGGCCGGCGAGCGUCUGAAGCACUCCGGCGAGAGGCUGAAAGACAACAUUGCCAAGAAGGCCCCCACCAAGGAGUCCUUCAGGAUCAAGCUGAAGAAGGAGAGGACUGUGGCGGAGGGCCAGGAGGGGGCCGAGGGCGUCGACGAGGGGGCCGAGGACGCAGAGGAACCAGCCGGAGAGCCUAAGAGCGAUGUCACCUACACUGAGGUCGUGACGGAUAUCAAGCGGGAGGGGCCAGUGGAGGAGCCAGCAACCGCCCGGAUUGGGGCAGCGGUGGAAGAAGGCAAGGGGGAGACAGCCGAGGGCCAGGAAGUGAAGUAACCCUUCAUCUCCACGAACAAAACGGGAAAACGGUAAUAGGCACAGAGUGUGCAGUGUGCUGGAAGAGAGGAGUUCAGUUUUGCAGUAUAUCACAUCAAUUUAUCUUCUAUACAAAAGGAAUACUGAACUUUUAAGGCCAUCCCUGGGUUUAUAGAUUUGUUGGUGAUUUUUUUGAAUGUGGUCAUUAUGGCGGGUUGGUGAGAGGUUGAAGGCAGUCUCUUGUCAGUUUGGAAGGUCAUCGUGAAAGAUGAAGUUGAGGUAACAGAAGAGUUGGUCACUUUCUGUUUGAUAGAAUGUAAUAGGAAGAAAAGCAAUUUCCUGUCACAUUUGGCCUUUUUUUUGCAAUUGUGGGGCUUUUGGAAAUAAUACUAUAACUGAUUUUUUUUACAUUGUACACAGACUGAUUCUCAGAUAUAUCACAUAACUUUGAUGUAAAAAUCAAUAAAAAGAGUGGUGUUACUGGAAAUAUCCGAGAGUUGAACCAUUCUUUUUUGUGUUUCUGAAUUUUGGGAGAGUAAUGCUAACUAAGUGCUAAGAACUGGUGCUAACCAAGGUUUCAAGGUAUGAUUACCAUUUACAUAAGCUAACAAGCUGUUUGAUCUGGUGUCAUCUUGCAGCAAUGGCUUGUGAGAACAUAAGGUAUUUUGAUUGAUGAGUAUGGUUAAGGUAUAGUCUUGAGCCGAGGAAAAGAAUGACAAAGCACAUAGUAAUAUUGAUGUCAUUUUAAAUGGUCUGGAUUAUGACGAGUGGCAAGAUUAUUUAUUGUUAUCUUAAGUGCCAAUAAAGAAUCCAGUACACAAAGUAGUGCAUGACAGCAGUGGACAUAAUCGAUAAAAAUAACUCAAUCAGCUGGUCUCUGAAGAGUAUUUUGAAAUUCUUCAUAUUAAACAUAUGGUAAUACUGACAAUACAUGAUAUUCUGUAUGACAACCUGUUUGUAUAUUGCACACAUGCAGAUUGAUGAGUACUACUGAUGAAACCCAAUGCUAGCCUCUGUUCAUUGACAAUGUGGACAGCAAACAGCAAUGUUCAUUAAUCUCAUAUAAAACAAAUAUUCUGUUCUGAAUAAUAUUUUGUGAUAAACAAUAAAAGCAUUUGAUCACAUUUCUCUUUGGGGUGUAAGCUGCUCAAUACAUAAACUGAUUGUAUUGUUCAUGAAUACUGUGUAUGCACCAAGGUCUGUCUAUUCCUGUAUAAAAUGGACAGCCAUAUUUCAAUUGUCAAUAGUAAGAAGUGCUAGUAGAUAUACCAGCUUGCUGCUCAAGGCUGUUGCUUUGGAAACUCGAAACAAAGGUCCCGCUUGCUGCACUUAGUCAUAGUGUGCAUGGUUUUAAAACAUAUAGUUGAUAGUUUGUUUUCAUUUCUUAGCAAGGAACUGUAAAUUAUGCACAAAUGUCCUUGAUAAAUGAACUCUAUCCCACUCUAAGUACCUUAUUGACUGUCUUAAAUAUUGUGUGUUGCCAUUUUCUGUGUGUAGUGGGGCAAUAUUUAAGCUUGCAGAUUAGAAUUUUUCUGUACAUGUGACACCUUUGGGCAUUUAGUACAACUAAAAUGUGUCACUGAAUCAAAUCCUGCAGAAUAUUCUAUCCUUCAGAAAUUACCAAAGAAUUGUUAAUGAUGUAAUCUUUGACAAAAAUGGAAAAGAAACAAGAAAAUUUGUGAAAUUUAGUGUAUGUUGAUUUUAUGUUGUAGGAAAAUGUAAGCCCAAGGUUGUAUAGAAUUUCCAUUUGAUUGUUUGUGAACACAAGUCUGAAAUAUAAGCAGAAUUUAGAAACAAAGUAGAUUUUCUUUCUGACAAUGUAGAUUUGCAACCAAUAAUAUUUUAAAAAGAAAAUUUAUGAAAAAAUAGAAUGAAAUUAUUAUCUGUUUUAUAUUCAUACACCACAGAGUAAACAAAUAGAUUGACUAAACCAGUAAAUAGUAGUGGUGAGAGAGACCCAAAACACCCAGAGGAUGUAAAAUACAUUUUGAUCAUUUUCAUGGAAAUGUAUUACAUUUUUGGAUGGAAGCUCAAUUGUUUUUCUUUUUUUAUUUAAAUAAAGACAUAACUAAAUAAAGAAAUAGAACAAAC